GUUUGUAUCGUACAGCCGUCGCAAGUGCAUCGUCUUUUCCUAUUAGAAUAUACUCGGCAAGCAAUAGUCAUUUUUAUCCGUUUUAUUUCGCGAAAAUCCGGUUAUUUUUUUUCGUUUAAUUUUCAUUUUUUAUCGGUUUUUUUAUUUAUUUAUUUUUUCGACCCUGUUUUAUCCAGAGAGAAACGGUUUCCGAAUUUGAAAAUCGAAUUCUCGGCGUUUCUCUAGAAAAAAGAUUCGAUUAUAGUUUGAUUCAGAUUUGCAUGAGAGAGAGAAAAUGAGCUCGCCGUUAGACGAACGAAAAAGUAGCGGUGAUGCCGACGGUAAUCAAUCCAACGGUAUUCAAACAGCCGCACCAAGCCAAAGUGAAUCAGCAGAAAGACCCAGCGAUCAAUCGCAGCUGGAUGAAGACGACGAUCCGGCGUCUAUGUAUGAAGAUGAAGAAGGUGGAUAUCGCGUGGGUGACAUUUUCAUACCGCCACCAAUCAAACCGUACUGUUCAAGUGAAUCACAUGGAUCUCGGCUCAUCAUAACCCAUAUUAUGAAUAAAAACUUCAAAAGUUAUGCGGGCGAUGUAAUGCUGGGACCAUUUUGUCAAUGUUUUCAGGCCAUCGUUGGACCGAAUGGGAGCGGAAAAUCAAAUGUUAUCGAUUCAAUGUUGUUUGUAUUUGGUUAUCGUUCGAAUAAAAUCCGAUGCAAAAAACUCUCGCUGAUGAUACACAAAUCGAAAAAAUUUCCGAACAUUGACAGUUGUAGUGUGGCUGUUCAUUUUGCACGAAUCGAAGACCGUAGUGAUGGAACAUAUCAAACAGUGGAAGGCAGUGCAUUUUUUAUCACACGUGUAGUGCAUCAGAAUAAUUCAUCAUAUUAUACAAUCAAUGAUCGGCGUGUACAAUUCAAGGAUGUGGCAAUUCUGCUCAAGAAAUACAACGUCGAUUUGGACUACAAUCGAUUCUUAAUAUUGCAGGGUGAAGUUGAAUCGAUUGCAAUGAUGAAGCCCAAAGCUCAGAACGAAAACGAAAGUGGUUUUUUGGAGUACUUGGAAGACAUCAUCGGUACAAAACGGUACAAGGAACCAUUGCAGAAAAUUAGUACUCGUGUUGACGUCAUGACCGAAGAGCGAGACGAAAAGCAUAAUCGCUGCAAAUUGACCGAACGUGAGCUGAACGAUUUGAAGGAGCCCAUGGAAGAGGCUGUUGCAUAUUUGAAAUUGGAAAACGAUUUAGCUCGAACGAAAAACAAGGAAACACAGAUACACAUAUACAACACUCAAGUGAGCUUGGAAAAAUGUGAGGUCGAUUUGGAGGAGAAAGCAAAAGAUUUGAAAGAGCACGACAUGAAAUAUGAGGCCAUCAUCGCAGAACGGAGGGAAAAAGAGGAAGGCAUCAAAGCUGAAAUGGCAGUUUAUGAGCAAAUUUUGAAGAAAAAAGAAGAUCACGAACAAAUGAAGAAAAAUGCCGACAGAAAAUAUGAUGAAGUCCACUCAUCAAUGGAAGCGACGAAUGACCGUCGAAAACAAAUCAUAGAAAUGGUAAAAAAGAAGGAGGCCGAACUAGAAGAAUUGAAACGUGUCCCGGCCAAGAAUGAAAAGGAAAUCCUCGACUGUGAAAAGAAAGCCGAACGUUUUACGCAUGAAAGGGACGAAGCUAAAGAUUUAUUGCAGCGCAAUUUUUUGAAGCUUCAAGAUGAGAUAAAACCAUUGACAGAGAAAAAACACCAAUUGGAAGAAGAGCUGGCCAACGUUCAAUUAGCUCAAGAUCAAGCCAAAGCCGAUUUGGAUGUCAGUGAAAAUGAAUUGAAAUUGGUUCAACAGACUGAAUCCACCGAGAGGAGAAAAUAUGAGAUGUAUGAAGAAUCAUUGAAAAAUGCAAAGGAAACAUUGGAAAGACGUCGUGAGGAAUUAACCGAAGGUGAAAAGGUUAUACCAGGGAUUAGAGACGAUAUUGCCAAAUGUGAACAGGAAAUCCAUGCAUUUAAAACAGAAGAGAACAAACUCAAAAUUGAAGUGGCCAAUCUUCGUUCAUUGAUUGAAGGAAAGUCACAUACGAUACAGCAAGCUCGAUCCAACAAUAAAGUCCUUGAAUAUUUAAUGCAAAAGAAAAUUCAAGGAGAACUACCAGGUGUACUGGGUCGUCUGGGAGAUUUGGGUGGCAUUGAUAAUAAGUAUGACGUUGCCAUAUCAACAUGCUGUGGACGUCUUGAUAACAUUGUUGUCGACACAGUUGAAACAGCCGAAAAGUGUAUAAACAGUUUGAAAGCAGAUAACAUUGGACGUGCAGCAUUCAUCGCUUUGGAAAAGAUUGAACAUUAUGCUGAGCAUGCCGGUCCAAUUCAAACGCCUGAAAAUGCGUCACGACUAUAUGAUUUGGUUCGUAUCGAAGAUGAAAGAUUGGCCUCAGCAUUCUACUUUGCCUUGAGAGAUACUCUCGUUGCAAACGACAUGGAUCAAGCAACGAGAAUUGCAUACGGUACAAAGCGCUAUCGUGUUGUAACAUUGAAGGGCGAGGUAAUUGAAACGUCCGGCACGAUGUCCGGAGGUGGUGGUAGGCAAUUUCGUGGCAAAAUGGGCGAACAAGUAAAAACCAAAACGGCUACAUCACAUAACACAUCAGUUGGCAACAACACAACCAUUGACGAUCUCGAUCAAUUACGUGCAAAAGUACAAGAUAUCGCAAAUGGAAUUAACUAUGCACAGCAAAUGCAGGGGGAAAAAGGAAAAACAUUGGCCGAAUUAAAGGCAAAGCUGCCAAAAGAGGAGGCAAAUUUGAAACGAUUCAAGACAGAUAUAACAGCAUAUGCACAACAAAUUCCAGGACUCGAAACCCAACUCGAAGAUCAACGCAAAAUCAUGGAAGAAACACGUUCAGAUGAAAAACGGGUUGCCGAUCUAAAUAGUGAAAUCGCCGAACGCAAAAAGGUAUUCGAUAAAUGUCAGGGGGACACCAAGAUUUUACAAGAUCAAGUUGAUGCGGUUAAUCAGGAAAUUGAAACAAUGACCGAAGAUCAAAUUGGUGCAGUUGAAAAAUCCGUUCAAAAUUUGGAAAAACAAAUUAAAAAGUUGUCGAAUCAGGUGACAAAAUUAAAGGUCGAAACUGAAGCAUCGGAACGAAAUGUAAAAAAUGCCGAAGAAAACAUUGCCACAAUGAAGGAAGACAUCGAUAAUGCUCAAAAUGAUUUGAGACGAAUGCAUGAAGAGCGAGCACAGGCCGGAAACGAUGCGGCCGAAAUUGAUGAACGCUUACAAAACAUCAUUAAACAAUUGUCCGAGACUCGGAAUGGUUCAAGUGAUGCCACAAAAGAGGUCAUCGCAUUGCAAAAACAAGAGUCAGACGCUAAAUUGCAACGCGUUGAACUCGAACAAACGGUGAAAAAAUUUGAAAAAACGGUACGUGACAUGAAAGCAAGCAUUCCGUACUACAAAAAAAGAUUAGAACCACUUAAAUUACAUAAAUUACCGAAUGAAGACACACCACAGCCAUUGAAAACGUAUACGAACGAAGAAUUAGCCACAUAUUCAAUCGAUGAAAUUCAGUAUCGCGUUGAAGUUAUUGAGGGUGAACUGAAAUCAAAGACACUUAAUAUAAAUGUAAUCGAUGAAUAUCAGAAGAAGCUCGACGUGUAUAUGGAACGCAUAAAGGUGUUGGAAGACAUUACAACCAAACGAAAUGAAAUGCGAAAAUUACUCGACGAUGUCAAAAAGCGGCGUUACAAUGAAUUCAUGAGUGGCUUCAACAUUAUAACACAUAAAUUGAAGGAAAUGUAUACGAUGAUAACGCAAGGGGGUAGUGCCGAGUUGGAAUUGGUUGACUCAAUGGAUCCAUUUAGCGAAGGCAUUUCGUUCAGUGUUCGUCCCAAUCGCAAGUCCUGGAAAAAUAUUUCAAAUCUAUCGGGCGGAGAAAAAACGCUGGCAUCUCUUGCGUUGGUUUUUGCGUUACACUAUUAUAAACCAUCACCAUUGUAUUUCAUGGACGAAAUCGAUGCGGCUCUUGAUUUCAAAAAUGUAUCCAUUGUUGCCAACUAUAUAAAAGAACGCACCAAAAAUGCACAAUUCAUUAUCAUCUCAUUGCGAUCGAAUAUGUUCGAGUUGGCUGACUAUCUGACUGGAAUUUAUAAAAUAGAUGAUUGUACUGAUGCAAUAACUAUUGAAAAUGCUGUACCACCAUUGCCAAUUCCAAGCGGUUCACAGGCAAUACCAUCAAGUCAGUUUAGUACAAUUGAUUCAGCAGUACCAUCUCAAUCAAUGUUUAUGUCACAAAACACAUUACAAAGCCAACAGAAACCGGAACAGUCGUCAGCGUCUUUCUCUGGAAAUGACACGACUGAAGAUGAAAUUAACAACAGCAUUCAACAAGAUGAGGACCAAGACGGAGAUCAGGGUCAGGAGGACAAGUAAUGAAAAUGCUGUGAUAAUCCUGUGAUGAUCCAUUCGAAUUUAAGAAUAUUUAAAUAAAUUAUUAUUGUUUUAUGAUUUUAUA